AUGGGCCAUGUUGGCCGUGCCCUGCGCUUGUCCUCAAGGCAGUUGUCUCCUGCGGAGCACGAUUGUGCUGGCAAGACUCCGUCUGCCACUUUCACUCUUUACCUGCGGCCAGCUGGUGAGGAAUGUCGCAGAACUGGGCUGCAGGGAUCCUGGACUUGCUUCGAUGGCUUCCAGGGCACCAUGCAAGCGUUGACCUGGGUUGGCAGCUGCAUAACCUUCGAGUUUCACAAUGCGAGUGGUGCUUUCGCCAACAUUGAAGAGAGCAUCAUCGAUGCCGAGGAAGAUCUGCGAGACCCGGCGCAGCAGGGCGUGGGAGGCAGUUGCAAGAUGGCCUUUGCUGAGGGCAGCCACGAGAUGAGCUUGACCUUCAGAGCGGCGCAUGAGGCUGGCCAAAGCAAGGAGGGACAUCUUGAGCUGUUCGUUGGGCAACUGGGACAAGGCCAGCCGUGCUUCUGGCAACGUGGAAGCUGCAGUACCGACGCCGAGGACCAGGACGGCCAGGACGUGCUUCGGCCUUGGCGCACCCGGUGA